AAAAAGAUUGCGGCACCACAAUUUCGCAUAUGGCCUCCCACUGCACUAAUCAGUGUGGCCCUACGGAGCUUUACUAGCGUUGAUCGGACGGGAAACAGUGUGUUCUCCGUGGUAUGGCUGCAACCGGAGGUAAAAAAUUUAGUGGUCUCACAAUAUACAUUCUAA